UUCAACUCAGUCCAAGUGUUGAUUUCUCUUACAGGUUCUAUACCAACCAGAUCAAAGCUUUAGACCUUUCUAAGAGUCCUUCUCGAGAAAAUGGGAAUUCGAUUGCUAUCCUUGGUUCCUCAUGCCAAGCAAAUCCUAAAGUUGCAGUCAGGUUUUACCAAAAGUCAGAAGGAUGUGCCAAAAGGCCAUGUGGCUGUUUAUGUAGGAGAGAUCCAAAGAAAGCGGUUCUUGGUUCCAAUUUCUUACUUAAACCAUCCGUUAUUCCAAAAACUACUCAGCCAUGCAGAGGAAGAGUUUGGCUUCCAUCAUCCACAGGGGGGUCUAACAAUUCCUUGCAAGGAGGAUGCCUUCAUUGAUCUCACCUCCAGAUUGCAAGUAUCUUGAAGGAUGCAGAAGAAAGGACAAUCAUCUGACGUUUUUGACAAUUUUUUUUCCGACUCAUUUACUUUUCGACACUUACUAGAUUGUUGUAGAGUGGGAAACCGUCCUACCUGUAAAUGAGUUGCAUUGUAAAGUUACUUAUACCACAGGAUUAAUGAAAAUAGACCAAUUCAGCAUAGACUUC